AUGACCCAGAUCUAUAAUGAAGAGCUCUGCCAACUGCCUGUUGCUGCUGCUGCUGAUGCACAACCUCUGUCCAGAGGCAUCAGGCACAGUCACCCUAACAUCUUUGAAUUCAUCGAGGCGAUCAAGAGCAUAGAGGCAAUGAACAGGAGACGGAUUGCCCAGCUGAACCGUGGAGCUCCUGCAGCACCCAGGAAAUGUAUGUCCAGAGAGCUAGAUGCUCGCCUCCGUCGUUUGAAGCUCUGCCUGCAUGCUAGUAUCCCCUUGGUCACUGGAGAUAGUGAUUGCAGGGCUCCUGUAGUGCUGUAUUUUCUCUGUCCGAUUGCAGAUACAACUACAUCUAGCCCUUCCAGUACAUCUAGCCAAUCCAGUACAUCUAACGUAUCCAGUAUAUCUAACGUAACCAGUACAUCUAGCCCCUCCAGUGCAUCUAGCCCUUCCAGAACAUCUAACGUAUCCAGUACAUCUAACGUAUCCAGUACGUCUAACGUAUCCAGUGCAUCUAACGUAUCCAGUACACCAAUCCAUACAUCUAGUCCAUCCAGUACAUCUAACGUAUCCAGAACAUCCAACGUAUCCAGUACAUCUAACGGAUCCAGUACGUCUAACGUAUCCAGUGCAUCUAGCGUAUCCAGUGCAUCUAACGUGUCUAGUACAUCUAGCCACUCCAGUACAUCUAACGUAUCCAGUACAUCUAGCCCUUCCAGUACAUCUAACGUAUCCAGUACAUCUAACAUAUCCAGUGCAUCUAACAUAUCCAGGACAUCUAGCCAAUCCAGAACAUCUAACGUCUCCAGUACAUCAAACGUAUCCAGUACAUCUAGCGUAUCCAGUACAUCUAGCCCUUCCAGUACAUCUAACGUAUCCAGUGCAUCUAACGUAUCCAGUGCAUCUAGCCAAUCCAGUACAUCUAACGUAUCCAGUACAUCUAGCCCUUCCAGUACAUCUAACGUAUCCAGUGCAUCUAACGUAUCCAGUACAUCUAACGUAUCCAGUACAUCUAACCAUUCCAGUACAUCUAGUCCAUCCAGUACAUCUAACACAUCUAACGUAUCCAGUGCAUCUAACGUAUCCAGUACAUCUAGCCCA